CUCCCCUUUAACUGGAUCUUUGGGCUGCAGAAGUUGAACGACUGAGACAUUCUCGUUACCUGGCUAACUUGGAUUAUUUGUCAUUCCAGUUCACAUUUGGAAGACAAAGCACAAGUUAGAAAAGAAGUUGCAUUCUCCCUCCCGUUCGGCGUGCCUUUUACGUAUGAGCGCGAACGUGAUUACCCGUGCAUAGUUCAACCCAACCGGUUGUGGAAUGGCGCUACUCACACUUCACAGGUCUCCAACUGUAGGCACUACUUCGGAUGAAAACAUACCAAGAAGAGGGAGACUUCAAAAAAGAGAGAGCUUUGCUUUGGUCAAAGGGGCUGUUCUGUUACUUGAAGAAGAACAAGGCGAGGAUGAGAGCACUUCACCCCCCCCUCAGGGGAGCCCCAGCUCUGGGUCCAGGGACUCCAACAUGCAGCACAGGCAGCUCCAGGCCAUGGUGUCUCUGCUGCGGCCAGAGGACACCUUCAAAUUGGCAGUGCAGCUGGAGUCGGUCAGUCCAGUCAGAGUGAGGUAUCUGAUUGUGGUCUCCACGCUCAGCAACAAAAACGAGACUCUACUGCUGGGCAUGGACCUGCCAGACAUGCAGAGUGACCAAUGUACAAUUGGCCUGGUUUUGCCUGUAUGGAGCGAUACCCAAGUAUUUUUGGAUGGAGAUGGUGGUUUUAGUGUCACAACAGCGGAGGUGACGAGGAUAUUUAAGCCAGUGUCCCUGCAGACUAUGUGGUCGGUGCUGCAGGCGCUGCACGGCUGCUGCGAGCGGGCCGUGAAGGGAGCGGUCAUCCCCGGCUGCGGCCUGGAGUGGGCUCAGCACUACCACAGCCGCGUGGAGUCGGACCAGCCCUGCCUCAACGAGUGGGCUGCCAUGACUGGACUGGAGUCCGUCAGAAAGGACAGUAUGGGCCAAAGCUCUUUGGAGAGGGAGUCCAUAGAGAGGACGAUCAAAGCACUACUCCGAGAGAUCAUGAGGACAGAAGACCUGGAGAAAAUUACCUCUAAACAAGUCCGGUCAACUCUGGAAACCAAAAUGGAGAUGGACAUGAAGGACUACAAAGAGUUCAUCGAUAAUGAGAUGAUGGUUACCAUGGCGCAAAUGGACAAACCCUCCAAAAUACUGGACUACCUUUAUUUGGGCUCAGAGUGGAAUGCUGCCAAUUUUGAAGAGCUGCAGAAAAACAAUAUUGGCUACAUAUUAAAUGUCACCAUGGAGAUCGAUAACUUCUUCCCGGGAUCAUUCACCUACAUGAACAUCAGGGUGUAUGAUGUGGAGUCCACAGACCUGCUGCCUCAUUGGAAAAACACCUACACCUUUAUCAACUCUGCCAGGCAAAGUGGCCAGGCGGUGCUGGUGCACUGUAAGAUGGGCGUGUCUCGCUCGGCGUCCACGGUGAUGGCGUACCUGAUGAAGCAGCAGGGCAUGCCGCUGGAGGAGGCGCUGGCGUACGUGCGCGAUCGCCGGCCCAUCGUGCAGCCCAACGACGGCUUCAUGCAGCAGCUGCAGACCUACAGUGGCAUCCUCAGUGCCAGUAAGCAGCGUCACAGCACCCUUUGGAGACGAAAGUCCAGAGACUUCCGGCAGAAGUCAGUGGAUGGAAAUGAGGGAGAAGAGGAGAGCGAGGGGAGUGAGGAGGAGGAAGAGGAGGACGAGGAAGGAUACGAGAGCCCAGACGACGAAAAAGAUGAAGAUUCAGACCAUGAAGUAUUUGAAGACCCUGUCCACCCAGGACAGACCAGUCAUGAUGCUCCUGCGUCAGAGUCGGUCAGUUCAAACCCAACAAUAACAGUCCAUGACAGUGAAAAAGUGGUUCCCAGUCCAAAUAGAAGUGGCAGGAUGAACCUUUUCUCCCUCAUGCAGUCCAUCAGUGAGCUGGAUGAUGACUGCAGUGACAAAGAGCUCUCGGCAGUCCAGCGAAGAUCGCCUAGUCAGCGAAGGCGAAGCCAUGGGCGGAGGGCCCUGGCUCAUCAGCGGGCUCACGUCGAUGUGUCUCCCGAGCCAAGUAGCCUAUCGGCGCACAGCAAGCAACAGGAAGGGGAGGGCUCAAAAAAGACUCUGCUCAAGGAUCAGGAGGGCGGUGGAGAGAAUGUGGGUAAACGGGAGGACCCCACGGGAGGUGCAAUCGGAGGGGUGGACAGUGAAAAGAGUGUUUGAAGAAAGAAGGAGGGGUGGGGGGGGGGGCAGGCAGGAUGGGAGGAGAGAUGAAGUGAAGGACGAGAUCAGAGACACUAAGAAAGAGAAGCAUAUCCUGCCAUACUUCAUUUAUUUUACUAUCCAAAGAUAUUCUUCACAUAUAUUCAAUAUUAGUAUGUUUAAUUUAUUAUUUAAAGACACUCUGCCUCAUCUUUCCAACACCGUGGGAAAUCAACGAGAUAAGAGCGUUAGCGCACAGCGAAUGUAACUCUAUGUCCUCUAAAGUCAGUUCAGUCUUCGGACAUUCCACUACUAAAUUCCAAAGAUCUUCUGAGGGUGACCCUAUUUUAUAGUAAAGCUCUCUAUUUUGGUCUUUUUUUUAUUUUUUAAUGCACACUGGGAGUAAUUGGGUUAGGAAAGAGUAGUAUCAAAGUUCAAAACAGAAUCGAAUUUUGUGCCAAAUGGAUAGCAUGCUGUACUUCUUAUGCUGUUAGGUAAAUUUGUGAACUGUACAUUUCCUGGCAUUAAAACACUCAUUUAUAAAUGAAAAAUGCCUAAAUCAAGACAGGAAUGUACUUAUUUAGACUGUAUGUACUUAAACGUUUUUAAUAUCAAAAAGAAAUGUCAUUUUCCAUAGAAGUUUCAGUUAGUCUCAGAGAUGUGAAACUUUCCAACAAAACCACGCAUUACCUAUAGUUUCGUUAUAUUCUCUCUCCAUCUACUUCUGUGCCUUCAGUAGCAGGUCUGAAAAACGCAUAGCAUUAGUAUUAUUAAACGUCACACGCACUGUGUGCCUUUGUCUGGGCCUUUGCCUGCUUCAGCACACGCAUGCCUAUAAAUCAGUCUCGCAGUCAUGGCUCGGAAAAAGGUCCAAGUAGCGCCAGAGAGCCUGAACCUGAACUCGAACUCUUUUUUUUAUUAUUAUUAUUUCUGUCAAAUUUGAGUGUUUCAGUCGGGAUGGGGUGGAGGGUGGUUGGUGGAGUCUUUUAAAACUUCAUAUCCUGUAUACUGUGACAAGUAUUUGAUAUUUUGUGAUGGCUUUCUCCUCCUGUGCUCAGGUAAUCUGAUCCUCUCUGUUUUCCACACAAUCCUAUGUGUAUUACUUUCUCUGUGUCAGAAUGUGAAUGCAGUAUGCUGCCAGGAAUGGUGUGUUUUGGGAGGUUUCUAUUUCAAAUAUUUUUUAUUGUUGUUUUUAAUUCAUUUAUAGUGUUAUUUUAAGACCUACUUCAGAAACAAUGAUCCAAAUUGAAUUAUGCCACAUCCAUGUGAACUCGGUGGCAUGCAAUGGUUUCAUUCAGACUUGCCUAUCAAUUUUCCCCAUCGUCCAUUUCUGAGAGACUGGAAUUGAUACGUCUUCAACCAACAAAAAAGACAGCAAAAGUCCUUAAAAGUCAAUGGCCAAAAAUGAACAAAUGUAUGAAUUUAACUAGAAUGCUAUCAUUUUUGUGAGAACUUACACUCGAGCCAUUGUACACUUUUCUUGAAUGGACUGGGAGACUAUACCUUUUUAAAACUCUAUAAGCUUUGACUGUGCUCUAAAUCAAGUAUGUAAUGUAAGUCUGAAACACUUUGUAAUGUGCCAAACAACUCCUGCUCUUAAUGGACUUUUAUCUUUCUUCUGUGUGACUGUCAUCGCUGCAUGGUUGAACCUGUUCUGAGCGCCUUGCUUCAGUGCCUUAAGAGAUUGACCCUUUUGAACCCUUUUGAUAAGUUGUCGUCGGCCUGUAUUUAUUCAGUUACUCAGACUUAACUUGCUGGUGUCAAAUUGGGACCGCUGUGCCACCAAGUGUUAUCUUUGAGUGUGAUCGACAUUAAUGAGAUCAAUUGAGAGUAAAAUACAAAUAUUUUGACACACAGAUAGUACACUUUCUAGGCUACAUUAUACUACUUUGAAUAUAAAGGAUUUGUUGAACCCCAACAAGGGUUUAGUAACCAGCUUGUUUUCAUCCCCAGUAGACAUCAGUGUUCAGGGCUCACUAUACACAUCCUGAGAAAUAUGACCUUGAGACUUAGCACUGAUCAAUCUCCACAAGCAGGAAAUAUUUUCCACAGUAGUUGCUGUUGUUGAUGGUAUAAAUACUGAUUUCUUUUGUGUGUUUGGGAGAUUCUCCGUCUUUUCUCAGAUCUUGUGAGUCCGUCCUCUGUUGUGGUGAUGCAAGAACAUAUAGUGUAUUGAUGUAUGUUUCUAUGCAUGACACGGUACAACUAAGUCCGGUGUUUUGUCUUGUUUAUUAUUGUGUACAUUUAAGCAACAUAAUCUGAAUACAUUGGACAUUGAAUUCCAGACUUGAGUACUGUAUUAACAAUUUGCCAAGAAAAAAAAAAAAUCAGUGAUGAACAAUCUGAAUUGUUUCUGCAUACCCUAUUGAAUACACAGCCAGCAACUGUAUGCAUCGUCAUCACAGAAAUUACUUUUUUUCUCUUCAUGUUGCCUUAUAGCGACACAAUUCUGAAGUUAAAUGCUAGAGGAUCUAGCUGUUUAAUCUUAUCUUUGUCUAACUGAAAUCAUGAGGAGAAAUCUGAUGUGUUUGCUUGCACUUGUCUUUCUCCUGUUAAUUCCACCAGCAGUAACUUUGCCAAAGGUUUGACUGUUGGAUUAGGACAGCUGCAGUUCUCAGAACUUCUGGAAUUCCCUGGUUUGCACUUCGUUUCAUAUAUCUAUUUUUUCUCCAAGCACUCCUCUAUUGUAAUCAUAAAUGCUCUCUGUUAGCUGAAUAGAAAUGUUCCGUUUUUGACAAGCAUGAGUUAAGCAGAGCAGGGAAGGGUGGAACGUAGAUGCAAGAGGACCCGAGGAAGAGGAUUGAGAACCACAGGUUUAGAUAAGGCAACCAGUGCCCUGAUGACCUCAAGUAAAACUGGGCCAUAUUGCAGGCUUGUUUCAUUGUGAGAGGAAAAAUAUAUGAUGGCAUUUGUGCUGCCAUCGAAUGUUCUACUCGUUUCCUGGUUUGAAGUUUGAUGCCCUGUUCAGAUCAACUGAAAUGAAAGUAGCCAUGUCGCUCUGGCUCUAGCCAUGUCCUACCAUGCAUACUGUAAAUAUUAGACACCUAGGCUCGUUAUAAAUGCUAAAACGCCUCCUAUUUCUUCUCUGCACACAACAGGAAAUUCAUGAGGCCACUCUUGGGGACAUUUUUAAAAAUCAACAUAGAUGGAGGUUGAGGGCAGUUGUAAUAUUUGCAUUCACGACCAAAUCAUUUCCUUAUUGAUCAGUGUGAAACUGUAUCCCUAUGCAUUGCCUUGGUCUUGAUAGUCAUAUGAAAGUAUUCACUAUACUGUUUACAAUUUCACUGUUAAAAUUAAUAAAUUGCAAUGAAACUA